GAGAGAGAGAGAGUGUCCGUCAAAAGAGGGGGACAUAUAUAGAAGCGCGAGAAAUGAAAGAGAGAGCGUAUGGCAAGGAACCGUCGAGAAGAACGACAGACAUGAAUGGUAGGGAAUAAACGGCUCUCAUUUUCUUCACCCUCAAAUGGAAGAAUAUCUUUUAUAUAAAGAGGUCUGAAAGAUCAGUAAUCCACCACCCACAAUCACAUCCUCCUGGGCAUCCCUUCCACAGAACACCCAAGUAGUAAUCUUGUUGGGAGAAGGAAUUGAAACUCGAACGGAUCGAAACAAACAUUGUUGAGAGAGAGAGAGAGAGAGAGAUAAUGAGCAGUACUAGCAAUGCUAGGUUGCCGUUGGCUCUUGUGACAUUGUUAUCCUGCCUCUUUGCCGCGACGGUCGUGGUUCAAGGAGAGGACCCAUACUUGUUCUUCACAUGGAACGUGACUUAUGGCACCCUCUCCCCGCUCGGCGUCCCUCAACAAGUCAUCCUCAUCAACGGUCAGCUUCCGGGACCGACCAUAAACUGCUCGUCCAACAACAACAUCGUUGUCAACGUCUUUAACAACCUGGACGAGCCGUUCCUUCUCACGUGGAACGGUAUCCAGCAGAGGAAGAACUCUUGGGAAGAAGGCUUGCCCGGAACCAGCUGCCCGAUCCCGGCGGGGAGCAAUUACACCUACCACUUCCAGGUCAAGGACCAGAUCGGGACCUACUUUUACUACCCCACCACUUCCAUCCACAGGGCUGCUGGUGGUUUCGGCAGCAUCCGCGUCCACAGCCGCUUACUCAUCCCGGUCCCUUUCCCGGACCCUGAAGACGAGUACGACGUCCUCAUAGGUGAUUGGUAUAACACGAGCCUUUCGGCCUUGAAGAAGACCCUGGACACAGGCCGCCGAUCCAUUGGAAAGCCCAGUGGAGUGCUUAUUAAUGGCAAGAACAAUGACGAUGGUGGCGCCACGUUCACCAUGAAGCCAGGGAAGACCUAUAGGUACAGGUUCUGUAACGUGGGAUUGAAAAACUCGAUCAAUGUCCGAAUCCAAGGCCACUCGAUGAAAUUGGUGGAGAUAGAGGGUUCGCACACGAUCCAGAACGUGUACGAUUCCCUCGAUGUGCACCUGGGGCAAUGCUUCUCGGUGCUGGUAACCGCUGACCAGGACCCGAAACAAGAUUACUACAUGGUGGCUUCGACUCGAUUCACCAAGACAGUACUAACCGCAACGGCCACCAUCACCUACGCCACGGGUAAUGGCAAGGGGGCCCCAGCCUCACCGGUGCUGCCUGAGGCACCGGUCGGCUGGGCCUGGUCUCUCAACCAGUUCCGCUCGUUCCGCUGGAAUCUCACUGCCAGCGCUGCACGGCCUAACCCGCAGGGCUCCUACCACUACGGGCAAAUCAACAUAACCCGUACCAUCAAGCUUGUAAACUCGGCUACGAGUGUGGACGGCAAGCUACGGUACGCCAUAAACGGAGUCUCCCACACGGACCCUGUUUCGGAAACUCCCAUGAAGCUUGCUGAGUACUAUGGCGUUGCAGAUAAGGUUUUCAAAUAUAACAUCAUCGAAGAUCAGCCAGCUGCCGAUGGUAGCAAGAUUACCACAGUGGCAACCAACGUGAUUGAUGCCACAUUCCGAAAUUUUGUAGAGAUCAUAUUCGAGAACCAUGAGAAGAGCAUCCAGUCAUGGCACUUGUCCGGUUAUUCCUUCUUUCCCGUCGCUAUCGAACCGGGGACGUGGAGCCCAGAGAAGAGGAAGAACUACAACCUGUUGGACGCGGUGAGCAGGAACACGAUCCAAGUGUACCCGAACUCGUGGGCAGCCAUCAUGACAACAUUCGACAACGCAGGAAUGUGGAACUUGAGGUCCAUGGCAUUGGAUAGGCAUUACUUGGGGCAGCAGCUCUACAUCAGCGUCCUCUCCCCUGAACACUCUCUUCGCGACGAAUAUAACAUCCCUGACACCGCCCUGCUGUGCGGAAUCGUUCAACACUUGCCCAAGCCCGCGCCUUACUCCAUCUAGCGAAACCAUUCGUUUCAUCUCGCGCGCACCCCCAGGCAUUAUAGAUAUAAGCCAACCACUAUAUUUUUUUUGGGAACAACUGAGCCUGCUAGCUAAUUAGCUAGGAAGGCUCCCCACUGUCAACCUGCUUUGACAUUUUUUGUAUUUCGUUUUUUGUAUACUCUAUACUCUUUUUUCUCCUUAUUUACGGGUUUAACUAUGCAUUUUGUAGUUCACUUUAAACGAUACGUACGCUGGAACGUUUCCAUGGAAGAGGUAAUAAAAUGCGAUUGCUGUUUCUGCGUC